GCUGUUUCCUUUUACAAUUACAUCAAUUCCCAACACCCUAACAUACGGUUUACUAUGGAGAGGGAAGUAGAUAACAAGUUAGCUUUCUUGGAUAUCUUGGUCAAUAACAACCCUCUUAAUCUCCAGACAUCUGUUUUCCAUAAGAAAACUUUCACGGGGCUCCUAAUCAACUAUUUUAGUUUCACUUCAUUUUCCUACAAAAUGGGUCUUGUUAGAACACUGGUGGACAGGCUUUACAAAAUCAACAAUUCUUGGCUAGGCUUUCAUAACGAUAUAAAAGACUUUACCCUUAUUCUAGGUAAGAACCUUUUCCCUGUUCGCAUGGUGGAAAAGGUCAUCAAUAGAUACGUCAGU